AUGUUAACCCCUUCCUGCCCAGUGCCAUUGGUACAGUGCCAGUGCUUUUUGGUCAGCAGUGAUCUCUGUAUUGGUGUCACUGGGGAUGUCAGGGACACCAAGUUAAUUCCCCCCAGUGGCAAGAAUGUCCGCCGCAGUCCCGCUAUAUAUUGCUCUUCCCCACCAUUACUAAUACAAAUAACCCCAUUAAAACGGAAUAUAUUCUGCCAUUUGUAGACGCUCGAACGUUCACAUCAACAAAAUUUACGUGUAUUGUGAUUUCAGGAAGCAAAGACAUGGAGCAGAAUACAUUUUGCACUACAGAAAUGGAUAUGUUUAAUCUCAAAAAGGGAGAAAUAUUGCUUGGG